CCGAUUCCUUUUCGCAGCGCACUCGGCACCCGCCACUGCGUGCUCAACCUUCGAAGGUCGGAAUGCGAUACAACUUCGACGACGCCGACUCCACGCCGGAGCCGGACCGGCGGUCCCUCACUCCCAAGGAGGAAGUCGAAUGGUUGCCUCUCGAGAAGCACCCAGUUUUCGCUCCCUCCGGCGACGCCGCCGGAGCAGGAGCUGAUGCUGCUGCGGCGCCGAGGAAUCUCCUGGCGUGGGACGGAUCCUCCCGGCUGUAUUUCUGGGAUAACAGCAGACAGUGCCUCCACAGGAUCUCCAUCCGGCUCGGAGAACCUGAACCUACUUCAAUCCUCGCUGCUUCUCCUUCAAAGGAGCUGCAAGCAGAUGCACCUAUCAACUUUGCAGUAGAAAAGAUCUCCAUCAACAGAAAUGGAUCAGCAUUACUUCUUAUGGGCUCAGAUGGUCUCUCUGUGAUGUACCUUUAUGGGCGGAGUUCUUCCAAAGACAAGACCAUGAUUUGCAGGACCAUCUCGGUUGGCUCUCAAAUUUAUUUUAAUGGAGCCAAUACCAUACGCGCACUACAAGUUAUGUGGCACCCUUACAGCGACACUCAUCUAGGGAUACUUUCUUCAGAUUCAGUAUUCAGACUCUUUGAUUUGUCUGCCAAUCUCAAGCAACCAGAGCAAGAAUUUUAUCUACAGCCGGCUGAACCAGGUCAAUCAAAGAAUGCUGCAUCACUCUGCCCUGCUGAUUUCACUUUUGGAGAUGACCAUUUGUGGGACAGGUUCAGUGUAUUUAUCUUAUUUACCGAUGGAUCAAUCCACAUCCUUUGCCCUGUAGUUCCAUUUGGAAGUGUCUACAAAUGGGAAUGUAUACAAGAAAUAUAUGGAGAUGCUCAGAACAGUGGACUGAAAUCUGUUAACCCUACAGCUGUUCAGAACUCUAAUCUGGCAAUAUCUUGGUUGGAAGCUACUUUUCCUGAGCUAUCUGAUGAAGCAGCAGAAAGGGCGAGUCUGGCUUCUGUAAAAGCUCGUCCAUAUGCCUUGUUUGAUGCAUCUCUCUCUCUGCAGGGACCUCUGCAUAUAUGUCAGGGAAGGGAAGAAGAUCCAUUAUCAAAGGGUGCAGAAUGUGAAGGCCGUGCAAUCGGUUUGCUCUACAAUUUAGUUAGCAAAGAUUCAAUCCUUGUAACUGCUUGGGGUGGAGGUCAACUGCAGAUAGAUGCCCUUGCUGAUGAGAUUCAGCCUGUAUGGAAUCUUGGUACCCCAUCUCGUGUUCGAGUGGAUUCCUAUGAUAGAAUUCUUGGUGUUGCCAUGAUAUGUGAGUUGAGCCUGGCGGACCAAUCAAUCUUGAGGCUUGAUCAACCUUCAGAGGAACAAUGUGUCUGGUUAGGGCAGCCUCCCCCAUUGUUGAGACUGGCUAUUGUGGACUUGGCUCUGCCUAGGAGAAAGCCAAAAGGGGACGCUUCCAUUACAAUGUUCCCUGAUCCAGUUCUGCCUGAAAGGAUGUAUUCCCUCCAUGAAGGGGGGAUAGAUUCGAUAGUUUUGCAUUUCCUCCCCUUCACAAGCCAAACCAGUGGGAAGGAAGAAACGGUGAGAGCACCCUCCGUAAUUCCUGUCUUAAGUACCUGCUGCCUCGGGGAAGAAAGCUCCUUACCAUCUCCUCUCUGUGGUUCCCUCGCCUUAUCCGACUCAUUCGGCUAUUCGUGGAUUGUGGCUGUCACUUCUGAUAAGGAAUGCAUUGUUGUAGAGAUGAAAACUUGGGAACUCUUGCUUCCUGUUCGCGUUAAUUUGGAGAAGAAAGACAUAUCUUUGGAAGACUCGAAAGAGGUAGAAGUUCCCAACAUCAUCAGCAAGGAGCUCUUGAGUGGCCCUAAGUUAGUCGUUCCUCAAGCACCGCCAAAUCUACGAUCUGUUGCUGCUGAUUCUAUAGAGGGCCGAUCCAUUCUUCAUCAGUACUUCAAGCUUUUUCACGAAAACUAUGUAGAAUAUGCACAUAAGGUUUACUUUGAGCUCCAACAUCAUGCUCCACACCUAAAGCGGAUAAUAGAUGACCAGCAUGCUCGGUUAGGUGAGGCCCAGCAGAGGCUUCUGAAAGUCGAAGAGAAACAGAAGGGCCUGGAUGAAAGGAAUGAUCGUGUGAUCGAGCAGCAUAAUUUUCUAGAUCAACGGUUGCGGCGGCUUAGGAACUUGCCUGGUGUUCACAAGAAACCGCUUUCGAGAGCAGAGCGGGAGUUCAAGGCUGAGCUCGAUCAAUUUGGGGGAGUGGAGUUGCACGCACUGCACUCAUCCAUCGAAGCCUUAACUGCAAGACUUCGAAGGUGCACUCAGUCAAUGAAGAAAGAGCAUACACCGGGAAAGAAAGGGCCUGUCCAAGACGCCCAGAUCUCUCUGCUGAAAUCCUCGCUCGAGAAGCUUUCCCUUGUCAAUUCGGAGAACUUGAAGAAGGUUAAGCUCGUCGAGUUGGCCAUGAAAGGCUGUGAUACCAGCAGAUACUGAAAACUAGCCUGUCAAUGUAGCAUAGCGAGCUAUGAAAGGGAACUGGGAAAUUCUUCUUCAGCUUGAUUAAUGGUGCAACUGCCGAAUCCAAUUGUGCGUGAAAAUCAUAUGCGAUGUCGAAAAUUUGAUUGUACGGCGAGCUCUGUCUUCUAUAAUAAAAAAAUUUCAUUAAAUUUUCC